UUCUCCACUGCCUGGACCACGCCCAUCCUCCUCUCAGGCCUCCCCACCCUCUGGUCCGGCCUUCUCACCAUCCCCCAAGUAACAUUCCAGACACACGGAUCUGUCCGAGACCCUCCCCUGCUGGCUUGUGAAGCCUUUUACAGUCUCACGUCUUCCUGUCCCAAACUUUCCUCCCAGUCUCACGGAAAUGCUAAAUCAUCCCGGCGUGGGAGGCUUCUGUGGGUCGGAGCCCAGCUUUGCAAGGUUCAGCUCCAAGACUGCUUCCUCCAGGGAGCCUUCCCUCCCUCCCCCAAGCCAGGACUCUGCCCAAUCGACGCGAUCUCCUUCUCCAGAAGAUCCCGCCUCCCUCCCGCCGGCAGCCGAGGAGGCGGAAGAAGGCGCCUUUCCGUCGCCCUGGCAACCGUCAGCGCACCCGUGUCGCCCGGGCAACUGUCCCAGGCCUCCCGUCAGCCUUUGCCUGGGCCCCUCCAGUCACCCGGACAACCGCUACCCGUUCCGGUCAACCAUCAACCCCGUCCCCCGUCCCCCGUCCCCCUGGCAACCAUCGCCGGACCCACCGCCCCCUGGACGCCGUCCUGGUCCUGUCCGCAGGCCUCCUCUCCGCAAACCUCCGCCGCGGGCUCCGACGUCCGGGACCCCACGUCUCAGGGGCUCUCUCCUCCUCCUGCCCGUCUUCUCGCCUCCCCGGGGCGGGGGGCAUUGCUCCCACCCUGGCAGGGGGGCCCCGGUUUGGGCCGGGCUCUGGGGGUCCCUGCUCGGUCGGGACAGUGGGACCGCCCUGUGCUGUCGCCGCGCGCAGCCCCCCGCAGGCCUCGGCGCUCGCACUCUUGCGUGGGACUGCCCAACCGCCACGGGGAGCUCUUCAAAAUGCAAGCCAUGUCCCUCCCCUGCUGAAAACUCUCCCCUGGCUCCCCUUGAGAGUCGAAUCCAAGCUCCUCGCAGACCCUGGCGGUCUGGCUGUGUGGCCUCUUCUCUGAAGCCUCCUCGCUCACUCUGCCUCAGCAAGCCCCUGGCCUGCGUGUUGUGACUCCAAUGACCCAAGCUUCUUCCCGCCUGGGACCUUCCUAGUCACUACUUCCCACUCCCCCAAAAAGUGCAUCCUAGACGGGCGCGUGGCUCAUGCCUGGAAUCCCAGCACUUUGGGAGGCCGAGGUGGGAGGAUCACUUGAGCCGAGGAGUUUGAGACCACCCUGGGCAGCAUAAUGAGACGUCUGUCUCUAUAAAACAUCUUUGGGAGGCCGAGGCAGGCGGACUGUUUGAGGUCAGGCGUUGGAGAUCAGCCUGGCCAACAUGGUGAAACGCUGUCUCUGCUAAAAUUACAAAAAGUAGCCAGAUGUGGUGGCGUGCGCCUGUAAUCCUAGCUACUGGGGAGGCUGAGGCAGGAGAAUCACCUGAAGGAGGUGGAGGUUGCAGUGAGCUGAGAUCGCGCUACUGCACCCCA